UAUAGUUGUGUGUGCAAUAGAGAUGAUGAAGAUCAUUUCGUUCGGACGGCUCCAUCACAACAUUAUCAUCAUCGCAAUCAAAACAACAACAAAUGAUGAUGAUUUGGUGGAGACGAAGGGUGGGAAAGAUAGGGUAUCAGAGGAGGGGGAGAAGAUAAGGAUGAUGAUGAGGGAGGGGAAGAAGAGAUGCGGACGCUGCUAUUCGAAUUAUAAUUUUGGCUCGUCUAUUCAUUCCUCUCAUAGGGCAGUUGUGUUGGAUCAGUGGCUUAGCAUGUGUUGUCAAGUUCCACUAUGGAACAACACAAGAAGUCGUCUAGGAAGUGUUUGACUGUGGCAAAGUGUGAGAAACAGAAAAAAGGUGUCGUUAGUAGUAAUUUAGGAGCCGACGUGAAACGGAAGAAGGACGGUGUCAAAGUGGUGACGGGAAGUGGACAAACUAGUGUUGGUGAUUGGUCGAAAAGUAGUCGGAUCGUGUACGGACUGAUAUUGUUAGUGUUCUGUUCGCAGUCGCUGGUGUCGCUGCAUCUGUACAACUAUGUGUUGCAAGUUGACGCGCGGUGCGCGGCCGGUGCACGUCCGGUGCGCGUGCGACGUGACAGUGGCGGCGCCGUGGCCGAUAACACUGUGACGUCAUCCGGCGUCCAGGGCGAAGCGGCGCAUGCCGAGUUCUUCGAUCCGAAACUGCGGCCGGAACUGGAGAAGAAAGACGGCAAGGAUAAUGCCACCAAGCCGGAUCCGACUAACCCAUGGGUUUGGCUCACGUCUUAUUCCAGGAUUCCGCUGAUCGCUAUCCAAGGCUUCUGCCAGGCGUCACGUGAAUACUGUUCGCCAGGUCCGACCGGCCCCCCUGGCCCCCCCGGUCUGCCCGGGCUAAGGGGCGCGCCCGGCGUCAAGGGCGAACCAGGCGAGAGGGGGCACACGGGUGAUGCGGGACCCCGGGGGUCCACUGGAGAGCCGGGAGUGCCCGGGGCAAGGGGGCUCAGAGGUCAUCCGGGACCGCCAGGCGCCAAAGGCUUGGACGGCAGAAACGGAGUGCCGGGUGAGCCUGGUUUGGAUGGUAUCCCGGGGAGGAACGGUCUGGACGGAGUGCCAGGCAACAAUGGCGGUCCAGGCAAGGAUGGCCGAAAUGGUCGAGACGGCAAGGAUGGCACUGAUGGUACACCCGGCAGUAUUGGGCCCAUUGGACCUGCUGGGCCUCAAGGACCAAGAGGAAUGCCUGGUCCGCGCGGUAAGCCGGGAAAACCAGGAACCAACGGAAAUCCAGGAAAUCCUGGAGUUGGAGCUUGGCAGGUGAUGGUGAAUGGAACGAAGACGUCAGAACUGCUUGUUCCUCCAUCCAUAGUAGGGUCAGGUGCUAUAUUCGCAGUUGGUCCAAUAGCCGUGCACGAAGGCGAGAACAUCAGGCUUCGUUGUGCGGCCACAGGCACACCGCGACCAACCGUCCAAUGGCAGAAGAUAGAUUCGUCCACAUUUCCAAUGGGGCCAUGGCAAGAAUUUUCUGUUACUGGACACAUUUUGAACUUGACCCAUGUGAACAGAGACCAUAUGGGCACGUACACGUGCAUAGCUGACAACGGCAUUCCUCCGCCGACCAAUCACACAUUCGAUUUGGAAGUGCACUUUCCGCCACUGAUCCGCAUACCGCCGCAAAUGCAGCAGAUUGGGGCCAUGAACGGGUCGACUGCCAGACUGCAGUGUGACGUGGAGGCUUAUCCAGAGGCGGUGCGCUACUGGGAGAGAAACGAUGGCAAACUACUGGAAAACAGCGACAAGUACCGCAUUGGAACCAUCGAGGGCGAUAGAAAGUAUAAGUUCAGAAUGCAAUUGAACAUAACAAGGAUUAAUCCAUCCGACUACGGAACCUACUAUUGUACAGUGAAAAACGAACUGGGUCACACCAGAGGUGAAAUCACUGUUUCAGACCUGCUGGUGCCGCCGACGACCGACGAGAAGGUGUUCGGUCGCCGACCCCCGCCCCACGUGAGCCUGGAGCAGCUUUGCCCCGAGCCAGAGUCAUGUCCGCAGUGCCCCGACGCCACCGGCGGCAAGGACCUGCGAUGCAAGGAGGGCGUCUACUCGCUGUACAACCUGCUCGGCCACAAGGACCUCGAGGUGCAUCCUCUGCACUCCAACACCACCUACCUCGGCCUCUCCAACCGCACUCUUGACUGUCAAGUGUAUGCUGUCGGCAAGCCGGUCUAUCUGCGACACACAAAUGAAACGUUUGGCAGCUGGAUGAGAGAUUCGUGUGCUCGAAACGACCUGAGCCUGGAGAAGUACUGGAUGACCAGCGACAGAAACAACUCUUACCUCUUCGAAUAUGCCAACAAAUCAGUUUACAGGAAAGGCACUCCAACGAGGGAGUAUCGCUUGGAUUAUCCUUUUGCUGGAAACAGCCAUAUAAUCUACAACGGCACAUUCAUCUACAACCAGCUGGACCGCCCAACCAUUGUGCAGUAUGACCUGGCGACGGGUGCAUCGCAGACUCUGGAUGUCAGUGACGCCACCUCGCCCAAUGGCUCCAUGACGCAUCUAUACAAGACCGACUACAGCAACAUGGAUUUCGCGGUGGACGACAACGGGCUGUGGGUGAUCUAUGGCCUGCCGCUGUCCAACAACACGGCCGUGCUGAAGCUGGACCCGACCAGUCUGGGCGUGCAGUUCGCCUGGAACAUCAGCCUCAAGCACCAGAAGGCCGGCGAAAUGUUCAUCGUUUGCGGAGUGCUCUAUGUCGUCGACAGUGUCACUGAGCGCACCACUAAUAUCAGAUUUGCUCUCGAUUUGUACAAAAACCUUCUUCUGGAUGAUGUAAAUAUUCCAUUCACCAAUCCAUUCAGAAACACAACCAUGAUAGGCUACAACCAUAAAAACAAGGAGCUUUUCACCUGGGAUAGAGGCAAUCAACUCACUUAUCCAAUCAGAUAUCACGAAAUAGGUUACAAUAUAUCCAAAGAGGAGAAGGGGGAACCGGAGGCGAAUCCUCUUGUACAGACAGGAUUUGAAAUAUACGACAGUUAUUAGAACAAAAUAAAUUAUGGAAAGACAACUCCAAUUCUCUUCUACGUUCUUUAUCUAUUAGUUAGUCCUUGUGUCCUUCUCGGUUCUCUUUCUCUUGAUACAAUUCCAUCUCUUCUUCUAUUCACUUAUUUUUUCUUUUAUUCAAUGAUUUUCUUCUUUCUCCUAUUCUACACCCACAAUUCCUCCAAGUACUUUCCUUAAUUCUUGCAGGGUAUGCCUGUGACUAUUUUUUUUCUAUUCAAUAGUUGAGUAAACACUCAACACAUAUAUUAUUAUUAAGAAGUUGUAUAUAGGUAUGAUAUUUUGAUAGUUUAUGACAUUGUAAUAAUAUAUUGUUUACAAAAUAAACCAAUAAAACCUAGUGUCAUAUGUU